AUGUCACCCCUAGAGGACACCAUCCAUCACCUGCAUUCUGGCGACCCAGGACCGAUGCCCGAGAAAUCCGAGAAAGCGCCAUACCAGCACUCAGACCUAUCUUCCGAACAUGCCACGGAUAUUCAUCACGGUACUAUUUUGGGCAAUGAGGUCCACGCUGGACUGCAACGUAGACUCGGCAAUCGUCAAAUCCAGCUUGUCGCCAUUGGUGGAUCCAUUGGAACUGCCAUAUUCGUGACCAUCGGAGACGCACUCCGUAAAUCAGGUCCCGGUGGGCUGCUGCUAGCAUUUCUGAUCUAUAAUGCCAUGCUAGCUAUGGUCAACAACUCUAUGGCGGAAAUGUCGACAUACAUGCCCGUGAGUGGUGGCUUCAUCUACAUGGCCGGCAAAUGGGUCGACGAUGCCCUAGCUUCAUGUUGUCUGAAUGCCCUGGCUGUCAAAGGCUAUGGCGAAGCCGAGUUCUGGCUUUCCGGUGGGAAAGUCAUCCUGAUAUUCAUCCUGUUCGCCUUUACUUUUGUCACAAUGGUAGGGGGUAACCCACAGCACGAUGUCUUUGGGUUCCGUCAUUGGCGCCAUCCUGGCCCGUUCGCAGAAUAUCUCCACACGAACGACCUUGGGCGAUUCGAAGGGUUCUUAGCCGCACUAUGGGCGGCCUCGUACACUUGUGUCGGCCCGGAGUACAUCUCAAUGGUAGCUGCCGAAGCAAAGCAUCCUCGUAUCUACAUCAAAAAUGCGUUCAAGACUGCUUACUGGCGUUUCGGAGUCUUCUUCGUGGGAAGCGCUCUUUGCUGCGGUAUCCUAGUCGCCUAUAAUGAUCCCACUUUGGUCGCAGUGUACUCCGGUGAGUCUGAGGGUGCAGGAACUGCUGCUGCGUCGCCGUACGUAAUCGCAAUGGGUAACCUAGGUGUCGGUGUAUUGCCACAUAUUGUCAGUGCCCUCCUAGUUACGACUAUCUUUUCCGCCGGCAACACGUACACUUACUGCGCCACGAGGAGUCUAUAUGGCCUCAGUGUUGAUGGUAAGGCGCCAAAAUUCUUGAGCAAAUGUACCAAGGGAGGGGUGCCAAUCCGCUGCGUCGCUGUAGUCAUGGCGUUCCCCUUUCUUUCCUUCUUAACAUUAUCUAGCAGCUCGUCGCAGGUCUUGACCUGGCUCAUGAAUCUGUUGACGGCAGCAGCCAUUAUCGAUUAUAUUGUC